UUGUGGCCGAUUCAAAUCAGAAUAGCAAACUUUGGUAAUCGUUUUGCAUCAGAGAUCGUCGGAGUAUUUAAAGGGAACAAAAAGCCAACGAGUGCGAAAGAUUUUUUUCAACCGUUUAAUCGAGAUGUGCGUCAGGUUAUUCAGAGCGGUGUAGAUUUCAUGGGUAAAUAUUUCUCCGUUGAUUUGAGGUGCUUUGUCGCCGAUGCUCUUGCUCGUUCGUUUUCGUUAGGUCACCGUUCGCAUAGUUCUAGGGCUCCGUGUUCGAGAUGUUGGGUUCGCGGUCAAAAUAUACGUCCAGGAGUGAUGGUGUAUACGGGAGUCGAUCAUAGACCUCGUACACAAGACGAAUACCUUGAAAAAUUGGAUACGGAUCACCAUAGCGUAGGUAUAGAUUGCCCUCUAAUCGAUCUCAGUCUUCAUAUAAAUUUGGUCAAGAGUACGGUCUUCGACUAUAUGCACCUCGUCUGUUUGGGUGUAAUGGGGAAAAUUUUUCAAGGAUUAAUAGAUGGUAGGUUCGUCAAAACCGCUAAAAUCGCUGACGCGAAUCUUGUACGAAUCCUCGAUGAUCGACUAGAGCAAGUAAAAAAUUACUGCCCGCAAGAUUUUGCGCAAAAACCAGUCGACAUCAACCACCAUGGCAAAUUUAAAGCCACCGAAUUGAGACAGUUGCUUCUAUAUACCGCUCCUGUUAUCUUCAACGGUUUAGUUAAUCCCGCUCUUUAUUUGCAUUUUCAUCUGCUUCACGCAUCCAUAAUGUUCAGUUCGUUUUAUUCGUUCAAGUAGUGUAGGUGUAAAUUUAGGCUUUUUGAAUUUCGCGCCGCUGCUCGCUCUCCGUUGCGACGUUGAGAGCGCGCGCGCAUGCGUCGAGUUGCGCGCCGCCGGCCCUGCUUGCGAGCGCGCGAAGGACCCGCGCGCGCGGAUUCCUGUUCGGACUGCAUAGCGCUUCGCACGUUUGGCUUCCUUACGCUUUUCGAUUUUUUUUCUUCUGACGGUGAGCCAGUGACGUGUUCUUCUCAGAGCUAUCACUGUUCACCUCGUUCUGCGCCGUGUUGGUAGUGUUUAGCGGAAAAUUCGCGAUCGCGUCGUUCGCGUGUGUGUAUUUGUGCGAGUGUGUGAGUGUGCCUCGAGGUGAUAGUCUUAAGGUUUGUUGGCGAAGAUGUCCACGUGUUGUACGUGACUCCUUCGGGGCGAGCGAACAGCGGCAACACCCCUUGUUGCCCUCGUGCCAAGCGUCUGGCUCCCCGAGACGUCGGGGCGCGCUUGGUGCACGGUUGCGGACCAUCCUUUCGCUGCCCAGGCCCGGCUUCCAGACCUCCAGGCCAGGACGGAAGCAGCGGCGGACUACGACGAGGCCUGCUCAACGCCCUCUUCAGCGGCGGUUUUUGUGUUCGUCUUUGCGGUAAGAGAGCUCUCUCUGCGUGCGGAAAAGGUACCUCGCGUCUUUCCGUUUGCGUGCGUUCUUUCACUUGAGUUUUUUCUCUUUUAGAGUCACUGUUCUCUUUCUUUUAUUUGUAUAGUUUCCCUUUCCUUAUUUUCAAUAAAGCUUACACUUGCUGAGGCUUUUCCCUCUAAACCGUGAGGGUUUUUACGCCAAAGCAAGUACUUUUUGUGUACCGCGAAAUCGUGUGUGUUAAUUAAAAAGAACCCUUCACUCACUCAACCCUUUCCUUUUGUUGGAACUCACUCUGAGUUCUUUCAUUCGUUCUAAGAUUAAUAUUCACAUAAGAAUUUUAAUCAAUCCUCAUUUUACACCCGAAUCUGUAGCUUUCGCUGAAAACUGCAUCAAGCUCUUCGUUCAAACAGCCUCUGACGUGUAUGGUAUAGAAUUUUUGUCGUACAAUAUUCAUACUUUGUUGCAUCUUGCCGAUGAUGUUAGGGCUUUCGGGGCGUUAGAUUCUUUUUCAGCUUUUCCUUACGAAAGCAAUAUGUCGUAUUGCCGAAAAUUAUGCAGGAAGCCUAGCCAGCACUUGCAACAAAUUGCCAACCGUAGAGCGGAAAACUGUGGAACAGCUUCUUCCAAACACAUCGACGCGAAUCUGAUGAAAUUCAUCGGUGCUCAUGCGAGAGGUCCUACACCAUUGAUCGAUGGUUCGACCGAUUACGAACAAUAUAGAAAAGUAGUUACCGGAGACGUCCAUUUCUCUCUUCUUCGACCGGAUAGUACAGUUUAUCUUCGAAACGGAUUCAUCGGAAUAAUUCAAAAUAUCGUCAAAUCCGACGAUUACUGCUAUCUCGUUUUAAAAACUUUCGUAAAAAUUGAAAAUUUGUUUGAUCGUCCUUGCUCUUCAUCAUUAAUCGGAGUUUUUUUAUGCUCUGCUUUAAGUACCGAGGCACAUUCCAAGAUAUCGGAGUUGAUGCCAUCCACCCCCUCAAGGAGCUUCUUCGCUCAGCCUAUUCCAAGAUAUCGGAGUUGAUGCCAUCCACCCCUUCAAGGAGCUUCUUCGCUCAGCCCGCUGGCCAAAUGGCCGUUGCACCGCCGCCUAAACCGCACGCCAAGAAGAACAAGAAGAAUAAGAAAGAUAAAAAAGAGAAGAAUAUAAAGGACAUAAGAACAAAAAUGAGAAGAAGAAGGACAAGCGCUCUAAAUUAGUGCCACCGCCAUCAUCAUCACAGCCCGAAGCAUCGUUGUCGUCAUCGUCGUCGUCGUGGCAAACCCACAACAACGGUUUCUCUGCGUCGCAGCCUCAACCGACUCUCAAUCAUAGGUUGCAGGAGCAACGAGCGUCGACAUCGAAGCAACAGCAACCACCGAAGCAAGGAUUGUCGACACGCCCGCAGAUGAUGGAUUUUCGUCGACCGAAUGCUGUAGGAAUUGCAGCAUCUUCCUCGACAGCUUCUCUCACCGCCUCUGAAACUGCGCAAAUGGCCAAGAUUUUAGCCACAAAAAUCGAUAAUUUGGACAAAAACUGAUUUACAUAUUUAUCAUAUUAAUUGAAUUUUAUUUAUUUUCAGAUCAGUGGACCAAAGACUCGUCAAGCUGGAGGAAUUAAUGCAUUCCGUGCACGAAAUGGUAAAAGGAAUUACCAACAGGCAGACGCCAAAGGUGGCAGUUCGUCCUGAAUAUCUGCCUUUUAAAACUUCGGCCGAUAUCGUCGCAUUUGAUUUUGCUGGUGAUGAGGCGUACGACAAACUUGUAAAUUAUCUGAUCAGCCUAGGUGGUGCUAAUUACAUCGACUCAGCGGCUAGAUAUCUGAAGGAGUGCAAGGUAGACGAGGACAUUUUUCGACAUGUCACUUGGAGUUCCUCCAAAAGAGAUGGUGUUCUGGCCUUGAAGGAAAGCAAGUUUGCCAAGGCUUGCAGGGUGGCAAUGCCGGCCGAUAAGAAGACCUUACUCGCGCCACAGGACGACGAUUUUACCAUUGCCAUGAUAAGAGCAUUAAAAAGCGCCAAGGAAGGCUUUCGUCGCAAGAUGAAGAGGCCUGCACAAAACCCUGCUCCUUGGGAUCAGCCAGAAGUUCAGCGUCAACGUCUCGAAGAACAACAUCAACGAGAAGAGACCAACGACCGUGAUGAUGGUGAGGGCAACGGCGCUAAUGCUGAAGACAACGGCGCUAUGCCGAGGACAACAAUGGCCAGCAGGACAACGAUGGCAGCGGCGACGAAAGUGACAACAGGAACAGCGACGACAGCAGCACAGAUGACAACAGCUGCGGCACCGAGGACGACAACUAUGGACGAGACUCCGACAGCGAUGCCACCGAUAUAUUUGGGGAAACUUAGUUUUAUACUUAAUUUUUUAUAAUUUCAGCCACUUCACUCACUCACUCACUUCUUAUUCUAUUUAACAAAUGUAUUUCUUUUCAGCUAAAAAGUACACAUGUUGCCUUUUAUAAUACAUUGUUUUAGUUUUUUUUUUUGUAAACAUGUGAACUUUUUUACGUUCUCUGACAUUUUAGUUCAAAAUUAUCUGUAUUUUUUUUUUUUAUUUAUAUUCAUUUAAAUAGAAAAAAUGUCAGGGGCCGUACGUGGAAGGGCUGCCGCUCAUGUGGAUGAACCUCACGGAGAGCGGCGAGGUCGAGGCCUCUCUCACCACCCCCCCUUAAAAAUUCUUAUAAUUCAAUUUACUCAAUAUUAUAAUACUCGUUGCUAAUUAUCUCUGCGUUUUUCUGUUUUUGAGCACAUCGUCGAUCCUGCAACAUCAUCAGGAUCAACCUGCAAGCAUGUCAGCCCUUGCAGUACCUGGGAAAUCCAGAUAGAGGAUUGCUGUAAAGAAGCUGCAGAGGAUCUAAACCAAUCUGUAUGGAUAGCAGGUGGCCUUCCAUCUUGCUGCCCAGAGUUCGAGAUACUACUGAGAUCUGUCAAAUCCCUAGCGGCAGCAGAAGUUACUACCCUUUAAAGACACUUUCUCAUGCCAUUUGUUUUCUGUCGAAGUUAGGUAGUUCAAAUUUUGCACAUAUACGGAGAGAUGCGAGCAGCAAAUCUAGCCACAACAUCAAGAGCUGGCCGGAGCACCGAGAGAAGCAGUACCAGCAGCAGCUGUUUUUUCACCUCGCAGAUGGAAGAUUUACCCCAGGAGUCCAUCAACGAAGAAGAGAAAAUUUUUGCGUUGCUGCUUGUGACAAUAUAAUAAUAGAUAUAGCGAUAGAUUUAUUAUCUUUGUAUUGUACAGAUUUGUUUUUAAUAAUUACAAAAUUUUCAAUGUUUUG